AUGCCCCUGGUUAUGUGUACAUGGCAUUUGGAUAAUUUAAGAAGGUAUAGAGUUGAUAGCUUUGACCAAGCUGAGAAUCUCUACUUGACUUCUUGUAUCUCACAAUCCUUUACACAGGACUUCAUCGACCUAACUAGAGAAACUAGACCAAGGGCAAAGGAUCGUAAUGGACUCUGUGUGAUUGACCUGACAGGAACUGAGGAAGAAAACAGGCCAAUUGCUACUCUUGACUUGACUCUAGACCCUGUUACUCCUUCACAGAAGGAAACAACCAGUUUUCAGGCAUGUGCCAACCUCUCCAGCCAAGAGGUGAUGGAAGGGCAGGUAGACCAAAGCUCUCAGCCUGUCACACGGAGAAUUGUUAACAAUGAUCCUGUGGAUUUGGACCUGUUGGAAGAAACCACACUUGAAGGUCCCCAACCCCCCACAUCCAUCAAUCGGGACUCUGUUUGUCCAGCAGAGCCGAAUUGUAGCUCAGCAGCAUUAAAAGGUGACCUCAGCUUCUUGGCAAACCUACAGCUGACUUCAGUUGGUCUCUCCACAACAAGCAAUAAUGCUAACAGUAACAGUCAAAGGGCACCUUGGCCAUGCCUACUGCAAACUUCACCAUGUCCUCCACGAGCCUCCUCAUGCCCACCACGAGCCUUGUCAUGCCCUCCACAAACCAUGCAGUGCCAACCACAAGCCCUGCCUCACCUGCCUCAAGAUAUGCCCUGCCCUCCUCAGGAUGUGCCCUACUCACUCUGCCCACCUCCAGACUCUCUGGGCCUACCUCAGGAUGUACCCAGUCCACCUCAAAACAUAUAUCCACAAAAUUUGGCACACCUGCGUGAUAUGCCACAGUCACUGCGAGAUAUGCCACAGUCACCAGCAGACAUGCUAUAUUCAUCUGGUGACAUGUCACUGUCACCAGAAGACACGCCAUAUUCACCUGGAGACAUGCCACUGUCACCUGAAGACAUUCUACAUUCAACUGGUGACAUGCCACAUUUAUCGAGAGAUGUGCCACAUUCAUCAAGAGAUGUGCCAUAUUCUUCUGGAGAUGUUCCAUGCCCACUUGGAGAUUUGCUUGACUUCCCAUGGGACAAGCCUAACUCACCUCAGAAUGACAUACAGAACCGUGACACUCCUAUGGAUAUCUCAGUUCCAUCCUCUCAGAACUGCUCUCCCAGUCCACAGUCUCCACGGUCCGAAAGUCCCUUAGAGAAAGUUCCUUGGCUCUCUGUCCUGGAAACCCCAGUCAGAAAAGAGAUAUCACUGUUAGAGCCCGUCAACCCUAGAUCUGCCCAUGUACAAAUACGAACACCACAAGGCGGGCUCCACAACAGACCAUGCCUGCAUAGACUGAAGUACUUCUUACGCCCUCCUGUGCAUCACCUCUUCUUCCAGACACUAAUACCAGAUAAAGAUGCAAGAGAGAACAAGGGUCGGAAAGUAGAACCCAUCUCUCAUCGAAGACUAAGAAUGGUGACAAAUACGAUUGAAGAAAAUUUUCCCCUGGGGACUGUGCAAUUUUUAAUGGACUUUGUGUCACCUCAGCAUUACCCACCCAGAGAAAUUGUUGCUCACAUCAUUCAGAAAAUCCUGCUGAGUGGCUCUGAGACUGUGGAUGUCCUAAAGGAGGCCUACAUGCUCCUCAUGAAAAUUCAACAGCUACAUCCAGCCAAUGCCAAGACAGUAGAGUGGGACUGGAAGCUGCUCACCUAUGUCAUGGAGGAAGAGGGACAGAAUCUGCCAGGGCGAGUCCUUUUUCUGCGUUACGUAGUCCAGACCCUGGAAGACGACUUCCAGCAAAUCCUGAGGAGGCAACGCCAACACCUGCAGCAAUCCAUUGCAAGCACUGUGCUGUCCUGUGACAAGCAGUCUCACAAUGUCAGGGAUGUGAUCAAGUGGCUGGUCAAAGUAGUAACUGAAGACAAAUUGAUUCAGCCCACAAAUGGAAAUCAAACCUCUUCAGAAACAGGAAUCAUGAAAACCAGCAAUAACCACCUCUCUCCUGAAUUCAACUUGACAAAGAACACCAAUCAGCUGAUUGUCUGCCAGCUGCAGAGAAUGCUGUCCAUAGCCGUGGAGGUGGACAGAACCCCCACCUGCAGCUCCAAUAAAAUUGCUGAGAUGAUGUUUGGGUUUGUGCUAGACAUUCCUGAGAGGAGUCAGAGAGAGAUGUUCUUCACUACUAUGGAAAGCCACCUUCUGCGCUGCAAAGUGUUAGAAAUCAUCUUCCUCCAUGGCUGUGAGACACCCACCCGCCUGCCCUUGUCUCUGGCCCAGGCUCUCUACUUUCUGAACAAUUCCACCUCACUACUCAAAUGUCAGUCAGAUAAAACCCAGUGGCAGACUUGGGAUGAGCUGGUUGAGCAUCUGCAGUUCCUGUUGUCCAGUUACCAGCACGUUUUAAGAGAGCACUUAAGGAGUUCAGUGAUCGAUCGCAAAGACUUAAUCAUCAAAAGGAUUAAGCCCAAGCCCCAGCAAGGAGAUGACAUCACAGUGGUGGAUGUGGAGAAACAAAUCGGGGCUUUCCGCAGCCGCCUGAUCCAGAUGCUGGGGGAGCCCCUCGUCCCACAGCUUCAAGACAAAGUGCACUUGCUGAAACUCCUGCUUUUCUAUGCUGCAGACUUGAACCCUGAUGAGGAGCCCCCUUCAAAGAACUGGAGCAGCACCUGA